GUGGUGAUGGUCAUGUGCGUGCACUGCACACCAUGCUGGAUUCUACGUGAGUGUGUGUCUUAACGUGUGUGCGUACUGCGCGUAUAGUGCAUGCAGCAGCCACAGCACCACGGACAGUUAUGUUACAAGUGAACCGCCGGGUUGUUUAGUCGACGUUCUCAGACGUCAAUACAAUAAUUAUCACUGUUCACGAUUCAUUUCGCACAAACAAAGUUGGAAGUUGUUGUUUCAUGUUAAGCUUGUUGGUCGUUCCUCCUUUUGUUUUGUCGGUCAUUGGCAUUUUAAAGAGAAUUUGCCCUUCGACGAACAGGAAUGCAAGUGUAAAAGUCGCCAGUCCAGUUCGGUGCGUUUCGUAAACCGCGUUCUAAAUAUAAAGUGGUCAACGGGCGUUGUAUUGUGGCGACUGAGAUGGCUGCGACUCGUGUCGGAGGGACAAACCGCGGGGACGUCUCGCGACAUGAUGAGCACGAGGCGUAAAUAAUUGUAAUAAUAAUAACGGAAAAUUUAAGUUCUCUGCCGACGGCAAACGUCUCCCCCGACCGCACGCGGCCUCUUCGGACAGACAGCCACUUGUUUAGCUGGUGUCGCGUGUGCCUUGUCCUCCUCUCGCCUUGGGAUCGCCGCAACUUUGUGUCGUACGCGAAAAAUAUAAUUGUCUGGAGCGUUGCCCGAGCUGACAAUGUACGCGAUCGCUCGCUGUACACGUUUUGGCACCGCGAGAUAAUGAAUAUGUGAUAACGGCCGAGCUCCACGGUCAAUCGGCGGCAACGUUUGUGCACGUGAAUUCUGCUGUCGACGAUGACACACCACAGUAAGACAUCACUGCUGGCGGCCAAUACUGAUUACGGUGUCAGCAACGCGUACGGCGGACAACCAACAGCCACUUGGAUAAGGCAACCUCAAUAUUUCAGCAUUGGUUCAGUAAGAGUUCGAUUUGGUCCUAUUACAGCUAAAAAUGAUGUAAUUGUGGCGCCAUCUAUUAAUGAUUAUCAAAAUAAUGCGGACACCAAAGAUUCAUCUUGUUGCUGCGGAGUAACAUCCAGAAUCCCACUUCCGACUGGUUCUAAAAAUAGACAAACUACUGGCGCUACUUGUCUGGCCCGAAUACAGGCGCCAGUAUAUCGCAGCUCUUUGGAUUGGUCUAACCGUGUUCAAAAACCGUCCGGUUGUUUCGGAAAGCUAACUGUUGAUCGUGUACCGUUGGUCACAAAAGCUCGCGAAGAUAUUAUUGGUACACCAUCUCAAGAUCAAGAAACCACUACUCUGGAUCGAUUCCAAAAGUUUCGUUUCGGCGGUCGCAACGGCAGAAGUGGCGCCCAAAACAAAAAAAAUAAACAAUACGUUGUUCCUAGGACCACAGAUAAAACUGACAGGCUAAGGAAGUUAACGGAUAAACUAAAGCAGCCUCCGGCAGGCGAAGUACAAGCACUACUAUCCAAAGUAUCCAAUGAUGAAAACUCAAUGGGGGGUCAAUCCACUUCUACUGCCAAUUUGAGUGGUGAAGAGUCAUCGGAUACAUUUGAAGAUGGUAUCAGAAAACCUGAAUCAAGAACGAUAGUGGGUUCCUAUUAUCAACGAUCAAUACCAUUUAGAAGUGCAUCUUUUUCACAAGUGUAUUACUCUCCAACGGAUGGAAAGUAUAUAAGGGCUGAUGGACGAAAGAAGAGUACGCCAAGUUCAGCAUCUCUUUCACGAAAAACUCUCUCAUCCGAACCUACCAGAGCAUAUUCUCAAGAUAACGUUGAAGUAGUUGUACCUACUCCACCAAUAAGAAAAAAUAAAUCUAUUAAAUCAGAUCCAGGUAAUCAGUCGGACGUACCAAUUAUUGAGGAGUCUUUUGAAUUAUCAGUACAAGAAGAACCUGAGGAACAUGACGGACUGAGAGAAAAAACUUAUUUGUCAGAGUGGAAAUCCACGACAGAAUCUCCUGAAGGUAUAGUUUUAAAUUGUGAGAGGAGUUUACCUGCCUCACCUGUUGAAUCUCCCAAAGAAGAACCGCUUAGCGUAAAAUAUUCACAAAUGCCUCAAUGGUCAUCACUGACAGAAUUGCCACUAUUACGUCCAAAAUUGUCGGCUCAAAGCUCUGAAGAAAAGGAAGAGGAUAAAAUAUCAUGUCCAUCCCCAAAAAUUAACUAUCGACAAUUCCUAUUGAGUAAAGCUGACUCUUUCUCUGAAGGAGAUAGUGAUCAAGGUAAUCAAAGUCAGGUUACUUCAUCUACAAGAGAAUACACAUCGUCACCAUGUAACGAUAAUUCUGAUUCAGAAAAGAGUCCUGGCCCUCCAGUGCCUUAUACUAAACGGCCUCUCCGAGGACCGUAUUUAGAAAUGAUAGUUAAUGAGAAAAAAAAACCUGAAGUUAAUGGAAAAAAACAAAAUGAUUUGAACUUUCUAGAAGAAUUUUCUCAAACUGCACAGACUUUAGAUGAUUGCCCUUUAAAAAGGAGUAAUACAUCACCUGAACAACCCGAAAGAUUGAGACUAAGGACAUCGCCUAAGAGAAAGAUAAGUACAAAUUUACCUAUAUCGUUUGCAGCGUUAAAAAAGAAUGGAACAAAUGAUACGAUUGUUCAUCAUCAAAGAACAACUUCAAGUCCUAGUCAACUGGAGGGUUGUGCUAGAGUAAACAAAACUCCAGAACCAAGUCCUCAAUUAUUAGCUCAGUUACUAAAAGGCAGUUCAGAAAAAGUUUAUGGUGGACCCUUAACUAAUCCAAUGAAGGAUACUAGAACACAUGUAGUUGUCGAGCUUUACGAUACGGAACGGUCAUACGUAGAAUCCUUACAAACUUUAGUUAAUAAGUACCUAUUACCGUUAAAGAGCCCCGAAAAUUCAAUACUUAUAGAACCAUCGGUAGCAGACGAAAUUUUUUACCAAAUACCAGAAAUUCUAAUGGAGCACGAAAAAUUCCUAAAAGACUUACACAAACGUCUAGAAAUCUGGGAUGCACACCAGAGAAUCGGUGACAUACUGUUAGAAAUGUUUUCUAAAAAACCUGUGAUAGACUCUUACACGUCAUUUAUAAAUAAUUGGAAACAAGCCAAAGAAGCCAUCAAGGCUACAUGUAAUUCUAAGCCGGCUUUUGCAAGAUAUUUAGAGUCUACUGCCCGAGAACAUAAAGGAAAAUUGGCCUUAGAUUCAUUACUCAUUAUGCCUGUUCAAAGAAUACCGCGAUACGAACUUUUAAUUCAGACGUUACUAAAGCACACUGAGUCUACGCAUCCUGAUCAUGAGUCUUUAAUCGAGUCACAAAAACAAGUACAUGAAAUGGCUGUAAAAAUAAAUUGUACCGAAAAAGAUAACAUGGAACUCGAACAAAUUGAAUCACUUAUUGAUGGGCUAAUACACCUCGCAGCCACCGACCGAACAUUCCUAAGGCACGAUUUAGUGACCAUAGUUUCUGGGCAAUCAAUGAAUCGAAAAGAAAGGGCUUUGUUUUUGUUUUCUGAUUUGUUGAUAGUUACUAGCAUUAAAAAGAAAAGUGGAACUAUAAGGAAACCUUCAACAACGUCACCGAAUAGUAUAGUGAGCAAUUUAGAAGCAAACAAGUACAAACUACUUAUGAAAAUACCAUUGGAUGAUGUCGAAAUAGUCAAAGUCAAAGACGACAAUGUAAGACGUAUGCUUCGUGAGAUGGAGUACUUGUCAGAGGAUAUAUCUACGUUGACACAAAUGACUGAUAUGGUAUCGAUGUUGCAUUGUCCACACGGUCAACUAGAGGACUCUAUUAAAGACAUGCUAAGCGCUGUCAACAAACAACUUUCCGAACGACAAGCUAGUGAUACUCAACUAUGUUAUUUGGAAUUAAAUUUGCAUACUAGGAAUGGUACGGAGACAAUAUCAAUUAUGUUUUCUAAACCGGAAAAAAGAACCAACUGGGAAGAAUCGUUUACUGAAGCUAAACAAAAACUUGUUCUCUCGACCGACCGAAGACCGAAUGCUGAUUUUGUUGGACCAGUACCCAUUAGGAAAACCAGAGCUGGUCUACAAUUUACUUGUGCAGCUCCAGCAUUAAACCAAAGGGACGUGUGGGUAUGCAACAGUGAUGGAUAUGUUGGGCAAGUAUGUGUUUUGAGUUUAUAUCCUGAACCUACAGUAACUUCGUGUAACGGAGUCUGUAACGCAAGAAUACUGUGUGUUACAUCAAUUCCAGCCCCCCAACGCGUUGAUCAAAAUAGUGAACUCAAUAAAGACGACCAGAGUAAUAAUACUGAAAUUAGUAUAUCGAUAGAAGACACCGAUCGAACAGGACCUGAUAUCAAAUUGGAUAGUUCGUCAAGUGAAGAGGAAGAAGAGAAAGAAAUCAACCACGACAAAGUCCCUGAUGGCAUGUACCCUAUUGACUCGGUAGACUUUGAAGGUGAACCCACCAUGUGGUUAGGAACAGAAGAUGGAUGCAUACACGUUUAUAACUCAAUGGAUAAUAUACGAAUUAAACGAAAUAAAGUGAAAAUUCAACAUGGAUCAGCAGUGCAUUGUAUAAUUUAUUUUAACAAUCGAGCAUACGUAUCGUUGGCAAACGGGGACAUUUGUAUCUAUUACCCAGAUACAAAUGGAAGUUGGAAUACUUCUGAUCCUGUUACAAUUAAUGUUGGAUCGGCUGCUAUGCCUGUAUCGAAAAUGCUACCAGUUGGAGAUAAACUGUGGUGCUCAUGUCACAAUACUGUAAAAAUAUUGGAUACGAAUACACUUCAGUUUCAACAUACGUUUGUAAUCGGUGGUGAUUCCAAUCGCUCUCUAACCAAUAUGGUCGUUUCUGGAAUGGGUGUUUGGCUUUCAUUGCAGAACUCAGCUGUACUUAGACUCGUUCAUUCCCUCACUUAUGAAGUGUUAGCUGAAGUUAACACAGCUCCGGCCGUGACAAAAAUGUUAUCAAGCUGUGAUGAUAUAAUAAGACAACACAAAGCGGCGUGCCUUCGAGUCACGUCUCUUUUAGCGGUCAAAGACCUCUUGUGGAUCGGCACAAGUGCGGGUGUCGUCCUAACUAUGUCCAUUCCAGCUAUAGUGGCUAACACUUCUAAACUUUCAACACUUCCUGUUCCUAUUGGAGUGCCGCAUGGACACACGGGUCAUGUUCGUUUUUUGACGUUAGUUGGUUAUUUACCCCAAAAUCUAGCCAAACAACGACGUCAAUCGUUAAAUCAGAGAAAGGCCAGUUCACCGGGUAAACUUUUGCUGAUAUCCGGCGGUGACGGCUACGAGGAUUUCCGAUCUACCGCUGCUUCGGAAGUGGCUGGUCGCGAAGAUUCCACUAAUCAUUUAUUAUUAUGGCACGUUUGAAACCCGAGUUUGGAAUUCAUGAAAACUAACUAUCGAUAAAAUGGCUAUAGAAUAACUAUUUGAACAGAUUCAUUUCCUUUCGAUAUCUCAUUAAGAUUCAGUUGUGUUAUACCAUCAGUUAAUUGAUCAAAUUGGCCUAUGUGUUAUGAGUCAGCAAGUCUAUGCUAGUCAAAUAAAGAAACGGUUGCGUUAAACAGAUAAUCCAUAAAAUAUAAGAAUAUUUCAAUUGUUAUUUAAUUUAUAAUUACUUGAGAAGUAAAAAAUUGUAUUUUGUGCAAUGUAUUUUGAACUAUUUUAUUAACUCGAUAUUAAAAUAUUCAUUUAUAUUGACUCGGUGAUAUUAAUAAGUAUUUUAAUUUAAUUAUUUGACAUAAAAUUAAAUCUUAUUAAUCAAAGAUUUAAAACGUAAUUUUGAGAGUAAGGCUAUCAUAAUAUUCAUGCCCUAAUAUAUGUCUUGCAUACAUUACUUAACUUAAUGUAAAAUAAUAAAUUCUAAGCAACGUUUUUGUUAUUAAAUUGGAUUAUUUAUAGUGUAACUUGUAUAGUUUGUACACUAAGUUACUAAUUAAAUUGUAUAUUUUGCAUUGAAUGGCCAAAGUUAAAAAUAAUAAUAAGUUCGUUUGAUUAUACAAUUGUCCAGUAUUGAAAGUACUUUACUAAUUAUGUGCUAUAGUUGUGUAUUUGUGAAAGUAUUUUUGUAUAUGGAUUAAACAACCACUUAAGUAUUUGUCAAGUGCAAAAUAUUUACUUGACGAAACUAUUUUAUAGGUUAUAUUUAAUAUUCUUAACCUGGUUUGCACUGUGUUGUGCGUUUACAAUCAUUAUAAUCGAAAAUUAAUAUGUUAAAUUAUUGUAUUGUUUUAUAAAAUAUAAAUAUUCGUUUCUAUUUUGUUUAUAAUAUUUAUUGUAUUGUUUUGUAUUUCAAACAAAUAUUUAUUUAAAGCAAAAUGCAUUUGUUACCAAAUUGUUAUUGUAUAUUAAAUUAUA